AUGGCAUCAGACCUUCAGGCUGAGGCGGACGAAUGUGAAGACACUGCUUCAGACGCUGCAGCUGUGGUUUCAGCCAUGAUUGGUGUGGAGGUGGACGAGGCCAGCUUCGGGGAGUGCUUCGAGAACCUGACUUUAGCUCAGGAGGUGUUGCAAGAACUGUCCUUGACUCUGCAGAGGGUGCGGGAUUUUGAGCCGGAUUUUCUUGCAAGCACCGUGUACCACCUGAGUCAGUUUCUCCAUUUCUCACUGGCACGCCCUUCUUUGGAGAACGGUGAAGCCUUGCAAAGAUAUCUAAAAAGUCUUCAGCACAGCCUGGAGUUCCGGGCCAAGUGGCCUCAAAUGCCUUUAUUUGAUUUGAGGAGUGGGACCUGCUUGGAUGGAGAAGACCAGAUAAUCUUUGAGCAUCCUUCCGAAGGUCUUAUAAGGUACCUCGGCAAUACCCCACAAGAAAACGUAGUAAAAUUGCAAUGUAGCAGAUCUGUGAUGUACAGGUGCCACCUGCACCUCCAGCUAGGCAGCCAGACAGAAUCAGACAGACGCAAGCACACCGAUGCAAGCACACCGACGCAGCCUGUAUAUUAA